AUGGCUUCUUUUAAUCCAGAAUCGCCUGACGAGCGCAGUCUAGACGGCGACCGCAAAUGGAGUCUGCAGCCUUUACUUCGCAGUGCGGAGCGCUCGCAUAGUAAAAUGCCGGGUAUUAGGAAGAUUCCGCUGCGGGCUAUUGGAAUUAUUGCGUUCAUUGCGCUGUUGAAUAUUAUUGUUUGGGUUGCGGCGGGUAUUGUGCUGAGCUAUCAUCCGUCUCUGGUUUCAACAGCUGCCCUUGCUUAUUCCCUCGGGCUGAGACAUGCAUUUGAUGCAGAUCAUAUUUCUGCUAUCGAUCUCAUGACGAGAAGACUUCUGGCAACGGGACAAAAGCCCGUGACAGUGGGCACAUUCUUCUCGCUUGGUCAUUCAACAAUCGUCAUCAUCACUUCAAUCGUCGUAGCAGCCACCGCAGCAGCCGUCUCCUCGCGCUUCGACAAAUUCAGCACGAUUGGCGGUAUCAUCGGCAGCGGCGUCAGCGCUGCCUUUUUGAUCUUGCUCGGCUUCAUGAAUGCCUAUAUCCUGUAUAAACUGAUCAAGCAAAUGCAAAAGGUCUUCAAUCUCCCCGAAGGCCAAGAAGACGAAGCGUGGAAAAUCGAAGGCGGAGGCAUUCUCUUCUCCGUCUUGAAGAAAAUGUUCAAACUGAUUGACCGUCCGUGGAAAAUGUACCCACUAGGCAUCCUAUUCGGCCUCGGCUUCGACACCUCGUCCGAGAUCGCCCUUCUUGGAAUCUCAUCCAUCGAAGCAGCAAAGGGCACUUCGUUCUGGGUUAUUCUCAUCCUACCCGCUCUGUUCACCGCUGGAAUGUGUCUCCUCGACACAAUUGAUGGAGCACUCAUGUUCUCCCUGUACAUCCAACCAGCCGCCAAUUUCCUCCCGCCAAAGCCAAGCGCAGCAGACUCGGCCUCUGUAGCCAGUGACCCGGAUGAACUCCCCCAAUCACACAAUAACCAUCGCGACCCAGUGGCCUUUCUGUACUACUCGAUUGUCCUCACGACGCUGACUGUCAUUGUGGCAAUCGUCAUAGGCAUCAUUCAACUCCUGACCCUCGUGCUGAACGUCACGGACGCAAAAGGCAAGUUCUGGGACGGAGUGCAGGUCGCAGGCGAUUACUACGAUGCUAUUGGUGGUGGUAUCUGUGGCUGUUUUAUUGUUUUUGGUGGGUUGAGUGUUUUGGUUUAUAAGCCCUGGCGCAGGUGGAUGGAUCAGAAGCAUGGUAAGAAUGUUGUUAUUGAUGAGGAAAGGUAUCAGGAUGAGGAUGAUCGUCCGGGUGUUGGUGCUGAGAGUCGUGCUGCUUAUGGGAGUACUGAGGUUAUUGGGAAGGGGGCUUCGGCGAGGGUUGCUGUGCAGGAGAGGGAGCCGACACUUGAAGAGCAUAUUAUUUAG